AUGGCCGACUCAAGCUGGGUGAUCCGGCUUGAAGCCGACAACGGCGCAAACCCCAUCCUAGUCAAGAUCUCUCGCAAAGAAGGAGGACAUGACCUUGAUCUUGAUCUGCUGGCUACAGAUGGAGAUGCAGCGUACGCAGGCAAAGUAAGACAGCGCAGCCUCAGAAAGCUACGUGCGCGAAACUAUGAUGGAUCCGACGAUGACUGGGCCAGCAUUAUCUCACACACAUUACUCCUAAAGCAAGGACACACGAUCAGUGAUGCGCAGAAGAACAACCUCGACGUCGCCUGUUCCACCUCUGGGAAGGAUCCCAAUGCAACGUUGACCAUAAACUUCCGUAACAAAGUUGAGGAUAUCACGCAAAAGCUAGGCAGUAUUGAAUUACCUCAAACAGAAGAAACUGAUGACGUUGAUCUUUUUGGGUGGACUCUGCAAGCCAUCCAGCAGAGGGACCACCUGUACAAGAACGUCGAAACGCUUUCGGGGCAGCUCAAAUCGAAGGACCAGGCGUUGAAAUCACUGCAGAAACAAAUCGACGAACUAGUGGAGGCCAAGGCGGAACAUGAGAAGCAAUUGUUGUCGAAGUUCACUGUGCUUCUCAAUGAGAAGAAGCUUAAAAUACGGAACAUGCAGAGGGUCUUGUCAACAGCAAAAGCCGAUCCAAGCGCGUUGCGGGAGAUUUCGUCCUUGAUCAAAAACGAAGAGCCAGCAGGCCCCGGACGGCGGAGCAAGCGGCACGCUGAUGAGGCUCCCGCGGGUGAUGAGACGGACGACAGCGACGCAUUCGAAACGAUGCAAGUCGACGGUGUUACGAACGCUCGGCAGCACAGAAACCGUGAAGCGCACUCUCCAUCUUCACGAGAGAUCACACCGACUCAUUCCGAGACUGCAGACGACGACGAGCCCGAUGAUCUCGGCGGAGCCAGACCGGCAGCGGAACGGCCCAAAACGAGAGCCGCAUCUCGAAAGAAGCAGACUGCACAGAAAGUGCCGAGUCCUCUCCCGCCGCGUCGAGAACUGCCAUUCCAGAAAAAUAGAAAUGGCCAAAGCAGUGAUGCACAUGCAUCACGGAACCAGCAGGGCACUCCCGCUGCCCCAGCAGCAGAUGAUGAAGAGACAGCGAGUGAAGAUGACGAACUCUGA